UAUACAGAGAGAAACAGAUUAUUAAGAUAAUUAAGUAUAAUGAAUAGAUAUAUUAAGUUCCAUAAACAACCAAAAGGCACUGAAAAAUAAAGAAAACUCUUCCACACUCCAACACAUACAGUGCAGAUGUACAAAUACACAUAUACAUACAAUUACAAAGUUAUAACACAAAUUCCCAAAUAAAGAUUCUACUUCCUAUCAUCUGACUCACAACUGCAGUUCAUCGAUAUGCAGCGCUAGUCAUACUACAAUAGCAGUUGUAACACCAGAAUGCUAUGCUGGGAUGCACAUCUCUGAUCUCAUAUUAUGGAAACAAUGGAUUAAACAAUGAAGGUGCUGAUAAAUUUGGGGAUCAAUGAUGAUCACAACAAUGACUAUGUACACACUACUAUUGUUCAUUGCAUACACAGGGCUGCCAGUUGUUAUUUCUGCAAAUAUUGUUUACCAUAUCAAUGAAGAAGAGAGUCCUCACACCUAUAUAGGAGACAUUGCAAUUGAUUCUAACUUAUCAUACUCUCUUACACUUCAACAACAUACUGUUGUUACAUUUACACAAUUGCAAAGGAAAGUGUCGAGUGGUUCUCACUUAUUUAAUGUCACCAACUCAGGAAAACUAUACACUACUCAAACACUAGAUGCUGAGUCCCUGUGUAUUUACAAGAAAGAAUGUUUUAAAAUUGUCAAAGUAGCAGUGAGGAAAGCAGAAACAUUUACAAAAAUAUUAAAGAUUAAAAUAAUUAUAGAAGAUAUUAAUGAUCACCAACCACAGUUUCCAGAAAAUGAAAUGAAAUUAGAAUUUUAUGAGACGGAUGUAAAAGGAAUUUCAAAAUCAAUACCAAAUGCUGUUGAUAAAGACAUUGGCCUUCUUAAUUCUAAGAUUACAUAUAAACUCAAAGAUAAAAGUAAGAAAUUCUCACUAUCCAUAUUUAAAGGAUUUAAUGGAAUAAACUUACUUAAAAUCACCCUAGAAGGAAUGUUAGAUAGAGAAUCAAAAGACACUUAUAUGUUACAAUUGGUGGCUAAAGAUGGUGGCUCUCCACCAAAAGAGGGUUUAUUGAAUAUAGAAAUAUCUGUUAUAGAUGUUAAUGAUAAUCAACCACAGUUUCCUCAGCAAAUAUACAAUAUCUCUAUUAGUGAUACACAUCACAUAUCUACUCCUGUUUUUAUCUUAUCCGCUACAGACUUAGAUUCAGAUAAAAAUGGAGAUAUUACGUAUAACUUUUAUCAAAAGGCAAGUUCUUAUGCUGAAAGAAAUUUUAAAUUAAUGUCAAAUGGAGAAAUUUUCCUAAAUGAGAACUUUUAUAAAGAUAGGGAACAAAUUUAUAAACUAUAUAUUCAAGCCAGGGAUAGAGGAAGACCUCCUUUAAGUUCUACAGCAAUGUUGAUUAUCAAUGUAAUUAACAAUCAAAAUAAUGCCCCAAAUAUAAACAUAGAUUUUGUAUCACCUUUAACAGAGUCUUCUACAGCUAUUUCAGAAGCAAGUCAACUGGGUAGUUUUAUAGCUUAUGUUAUGGUCAUUGACACUGACAGUGGACCUAAUGGACAAACUAAAUGUAAUAUUCAUCACAAAAUGUUUCAACUUUCUAAUAUGGGUUCUAAAGAAUAUAAAAUAUUGGUGAAAGAACCUCUUGACAGAGAAACUAUAGACCAUUUUGUUGUUUCUAUUGUAUGUCAUGACAUGGGAUCACCUCCAUUAAAGACUAAGAAACAGUUCUCUGUCAAAGUAACUGAUGUCAAUGAUGUAGAACCACAUUUUACCAAAGAGACAUUCCAAUUUAAUGAUACAUCUCCAAUGUUGACUGCUGUCCCAUUCCAAUCUGAUAACAACCUAAAUAUGACUUGGAUAAUUAUCAUUGUAGCAGCAGCUGUAAUACUAUCUGUGGCUAUUGUGGUGUCAAUAACACUGUGUGUUUUUAAAUGUAUCAAUCACUUCAAUAACUUGCCUGCACCAGCAGAUAAUCCAAAAUUUCUCUCAAGGACUGAGAUGAGACAAAUCCUGUAUCAGACUAAUAAUCCUGUUGCAAUAACUAGAAAUGCAGACGACAUAUUUGCUAGAAAUCUUCAAUCAAUAAAGCCUAAAAGUCCUUACUAUCCUGAAUCAGAACAGUUGACCAAUGAAUGGAAAUUCUCAACAACACCUAGGAGGUUACCACCUACUCCUCAGAUCUAUAAUAAGCAGGUUUCUGAUGGGUCAUCUGAGCAAGGCGACAAUAAUAGUAUUGUGACAUCAAACAAUCUAAAUGACACAUUACCAUCUCAAAAGGAUCGCAACCGUGGAUGGAGUGAAGGAGAUAUUUCACAACAAACUUCAAUAAUAUCAGAAUACAGUAACUACAGACCAAACAUACCUCCAACACCAAAGAGUGAUCAUGAACAAGAUACAUAUCUAGAACCAAUUACAAUAAUGAGUGUAAUCAACACUCUGCAGCUUUACAUUCUGUAUGGGAUAAUGUAUCCAGUUGUGUGCAUAGAUAUUAUAUACCAUGUCAAUGAAGAAAACAGUCCACACACAUAUAUAGGAGAUAUCGCAGCUGAUUCUAACAUAUCACAUUCACUUAUACACCAGCAACAUGCACUCAUUACAUUUACACAAUUACAAAGGAUGGUAUCAAGUGGGUCUCAAUUAUUCAAUGUCACCAGCUCAGGAAAACUAUACACUACUCAGAUACUGGAUGCUGAGUCUCUGUGUACAUAUAACAAGGAAUGUUCCAGAAUUGUUAAGGUAGCAGUGAGGAAAGCAGAAACAUUUACAAAAAUAUUAAAGAUAAAAAUAAUUAUAGAAGAUAUCAAUGACCACCAUCCAGAGUUUCCAGAUGAUCGAAUUAAAAUAGAGUUUUAUGAGACGGAUGUAAAAGGAUCAACAAAAUCGAUACCAAAUGCUGUUGAUCAAGACAUUAGUCUUCUCAAUUCUAACAUCACAUACAGACUCAAGGAUAAAAGCAAGAAAUUUUCACUAUCCAUAUUUAAAGGAUUUGAUGGAAUAAACUUACUUAAAAUAACUCUAGAAGGAAUGUUAGACAGAGAAGAAAAGCACAGUUACAUGUUACAUUUGGUAGCUAAAGAUGGAGGUACUCCACCAAAAGAAGGCAUACUGAACAUAUAUAUCACUGUUACAGAUGUUAACGACAACCAACCAAUGUUUACACAAAAAUUAUAUAAUACCACCAUCAGUGACGCACAUCACAUAUCUUCACCUGUGAUUCUUUUAUCAGCAACAGAUUUAGAUUCUGGUCAAAAUGGGAACAUUACUUACUAUUUACAUAGAAAUACAAAUAAAUAUGCCAGAAAACAUUUCAAAUUAAAUUCUAAAACAGGAGAGAUUUUCAUCAAUGAUAAUUUAUUUAGAAAUAAAGAAAGUAAAUAUCACUUGUACAUUCAGGCUAGAGAUGGUGGAAAUCCUUCAUUAAGCUCCAUGGCAAUGUUGAUUAUCAAUGUAAUUAACAAUCAAAAUAAUGCUCCAACAAUAAAUAUAGAUUUUGUAUCACCUUUAACAGAGUCUUCUACUGCUGUUUCAGAAGCAAGUAAAAUUGGGAGCUUCAUAGCAUAUGUUAUGGUCAUUGACACUGAUAGUGGACCUAAUGGACAAACUAAAUGUAAUAUCCACCAUAAAAUGUUCCAGCUUUCUAAUAUGGGUUCUAAAGAAUAUAAAAUAUUGGUUAAAGAACCUCUUGACAGAGAAACUAUAGAUCAUUAUGUUGUUUCUAUUGAAUGUCAUGACAUGGGAUCACCUCCAUUAAAGACUAAGAAACAGUUCUCUGUCAAAGUAACUGAUGUCAAUGAUGUAGAACCACAUUUUACCAAAGAGACAUUCCAAUUCCUCACCUAUGAAAACCAGAAAGUUGACUUCCCUAUUGGCUUCAUCAAUGCUACAGACCCUGAUCUUGGAGAGGGAGGCCAACUUACAUAUUCUAUCAUCAAUGAUAACAAAAAUGAUAAUAUUCCUUUCCAACUGACA